AAAAAGCAUGUUUAUUUCAUAAUACACGCGGUAUUUUAUGCUCCUGAAUGAUAUGGACCGCUUGGAUGUGUGUGGAAGCGAUCGCUAUAUUUAUUUAGUUUUUUGAAUCCCGCGCCAGGAAAAUGAGUGACUUCCGGCUUCGGUCUUGCAUUGAGGAGGAGGGCGCUGUGACGUGUACGGUAGAAGACGUCCUCUUCACGCUACAGUGUACUGUUGUGUAUGAGGACGAAGGAUUCAGCUGAUUUUGCGGAUUAAUACUUUUAUUUUUUGCAUCACGCCAGCCAAACGGCUGCAGAAAAAUCAUUCUGUAUGCGGGAGAGGCGUAUGUGCCUUUUUGGAGUUUCAAAAGGUUCCCAUUCACCGUGGAUAUUUACUGUGGGACCAUUGGACUUACAAGGAACGAUGAUGCCAUAUUGGAGCCUGGCACUCCUGCUGGUGUUGUCUGCCACGUGUUGGGGAGGGAAAAUCCUGGUCUACCCCAUCGAUGGCAGCCACUGGCUGAACAUGAACAUUUUACUGGAGGCACUUCACGCUCAAGGUCACCAAAUCACAGUGCUGAGAACCUCCACCAGCUGGUACGUAUCGGAGAAGUCGCCCUACUACAGCUCCAUCACCAUCGUGCAGGAAGAGUCUACGAGUAUCGAGAGCCAAGACAACAUGACUGCCUUCUUGGAAAGGUCCAUUCAGAUCCAGAGGAACAGGGGCUCGCUGUGGGCCUUUGUGGAGUUCUACCGGAACAUCUAUAACUUCUUAGGAGAGAGCCACGUUUCCAUGGCAAAAAUGGUUGUCAGCAUAUUUGAGAAUCAAACUCUAAUCAAGCAACUGAAAGAAAGUCAAUACGAUGUUUGCUUGAUAGACCCGGGCCUCCCAGGUGGGGUGUUGCUGGCUCAUUAUCUGGACCUCCCAACGGUCUUCAACGUGCGCUGGAUUUUUAACGGCGAGGCACACUUUGCCAUAGCGCCGUCUCCUCUGUCCUACAUACCCCAACUCUUCUCUAAUUAUUCGGACAAGAUGGACUUCACCCAAAGGCUCAACAACGUCAUCUAUCACAGCGCUCUGGUUUACAUGCACCACUUUGUGUCCGAUCCGCCUUACCGGGCCGUGUGCGAGCGAUAUUUCGGCGGCGACGUCAGUGUCAUGUCUUUAAUGCAGGGCGCUGAUCUUUGGCUGAUGAGAGUUGACUUUACCUUUGAGCUCCCUCGUCCCACUAUGCCUAACGUGGUCUACAUCGGAGGGUUUCAGGGGAAGCCCUCGAAGCCGCUCCCGGCGGAUUUGGAGGACUUAAUGCAGAGUUCCGGGGAACACGGUGUGGUGGUCAUGACUUUAGGAACGCUGCUAGGUGACCUCGGACCGGAGAUCUCCCAGAUCAUCGCUUCUGCUUUUGCUAGGAUUCCUCAAAAAGUCGUGUGGAGACAUGUUGGGAAGCGACCCGACACUCUGGGGAACAACACUUUAAUAGUGGACUGGUUGCCACAGAAUGAUCUUCUAGGUCAUCCCAAGACCAAAGUCUUUGUAACACAUGGAGGCACCAACGGCAUAUACGAGGCCAUCUACCACGGGGUCCCCAUUUUGGGGAUUCCGCUCAUCUUUGACCAGCAUGACAACAUGGUGCGUGUAACAGCCCGAGGCGGCGGCGAGUUUGUAGACGUGACGGCGCUAGACGUGGAGUCUUUCACCGCUUCCCUCAGAAACAUUCUAGAUCCCCGGAAGUCCUACAAGAAGGACAUGAUGAAACUUUCCCAACUUCACCACGACAAACCCAUGAAACCCAUGGACACCGCCAUCUUCUGGGUAGAGUACGUCAUGAGGCAUAGAGGUGCACCACAUUUGCGCACAGAGUCGUAUAAAUUGCCAUGGUACGCCUAUCACUCCCUGGAUGUUAUUGCCUUCCUUGCACUUUUCAGUUUUCUGGUCAUCGCCUUAAUUUGGCUCUCCUUUAGAAUUCUUUGUAGGCACUUGAUGAAAGCUAAGAGUUACAUAUUCAAAUCUAAGAGUGAGUAGAAUGAAAAACAGUUGAAAUUUGGUCUUGUAACUGCCUCCUGUUUAUGAUUUCACGCAUGCUUAUUCUAAAUAUGAUAGAUUACGUUUGUCAAACUCAUUAGAUCUCAUGUGGGCCAGACCAUUAUAUUUUUGGCCAAAUAAAUUAACUCACUGUCUGCCAUUGACUGUGCCAAGACGUCAAAUCGAUUUUGA